AUGGAGAAGUCGGAACUGGACAAGACUGAGCUGAGCAAGGACCAGCUGAAGAUCCUGCAGGAUGCUUUCAACGCGUUCGACAUUGAGAAGAAGGGCAGCAUCUCGCUGGAGGUCAUCGGUACGAUCAUGGAGCUGCUCGGGUACGCACUUUCCGAGGAAGAACUGAAGGAGGUCAUGGAGGACUAUGAUGAGGACGAAUCGGGCCAGAUUGAGUUCUCGGAGUUUAUCGAGCUGGCAUCGAACUACGUCGAGCCGGAGGAGGACUAUGACGUGCUGCGAGCUGAACUGCGUGAAGUGUUCAUGAUGUACGACAAGGAUGGCACGGGUUUCAUCCCGGUGAAUUCCUUCAAGCAGAUCCUGCGUGAGCUGGACGGUGCCGUGCCUGAGAACGAACUCGAUGACAUCGUUGAGGAAAUUGAUGCCGAUGGCUCAGGAACGGUUGAUUUCGAAGAAUUCAUGGGAGUUAUGACUGGUGAAGAGUAAAAGCAACCACUGUGAAGCCGUUGAUGGGUAAGCGCAAGUGGUAAUUAUGGUGCCAGAUCCAAUGCCAUUUCCAUUCCACAGUGUUUCCUCGUUGUGCUCUGUGCCGUUUGUGAGUUGUGUUCAGACCUUCCGUCCAAGUUGUCCGUUGUUCCGGCAUGACUAAUCGGCAGCGUCGGAUGCAUUUAGCCCCGGUUAGCUGUGUCGUUG